AUGACCCACCUGAGACGUGCCUUCCAGGCCCACACCUCCCACAUCCUGGCUGGUUCCCGUGGUUACCAACGCUCCACCUCCCUCUGGAUCACCUCUGUCAACCAAUCAGACGCCGGGACAUACCGAUGCCACGCCCACAACGAGAGGGGCGCCACCGCCGAUACCCUGCACCUGGAUGUCCGUGAGCGAGGCUUCAUCAGUAUGCUGGGUGACUCCCGGCCUAGCCAGUCUGCUGUCAGAGAAGGGAGAGCCUAAGCCUCAGGGUAGAGUUUGAGUCUUACCCCAGACCAGGCACUCUGUCCUGGGCUUACAACGGCAAGACCCUCCACAACACCACGGAGCACGUCAUCACUGCCCAACGACACCGAUAC